AUAGUGACGUACUUCCUGUCUCUGUCCCGACGACAAAAUGGCGGCGCCCGCUGAAAACUUCGAAGAUUGGUUAAAUGAAAAAUUAAAGAAAUUAAAUACGGAUCAAGAUGUAUUUGGAUCCUAUAUUAAGAGUAUAUUGGACGGUGGAGAGUCGGAAGAAGAAAAAAGAGAAGCGUUAGAAGAAAUUCUUGGCGAAGUAACGAAUGGUGAUGACAUAGCUUCCAUUUGUGAUGAAAUAUUUUUGAAUUGGGCUUCAAAGUGUGAAUUAAGCUCAGAAUUGAUUAAUACAGAAUCCAAUAAAUCAAAUGUUGAUGUUGAUGCCAAAAUUGCCAGUAUUAUGGAAGCUCAAGCCAAAUCUGUAGUAACUGAACGUAAAAUAACCAAUGAAGAUAAAGAGUUAAGAGAAGCUAUUUUAGCUCAUUACUCUCAAGUCUGUGAAACUGAUGAAGUUGAUGGUGAUGACGACGCUACCAAUCGAGGAAGCAAGGAAGCAGGAACCAGUGCUAGAAGUGCUAGUACGAUAACAAGUGAUCCAUUUAUUGUAAAAAACACAAAUGUAGAUGAUGUCAUCCAAGCUGAAAGAAUAAAAAGAGAAAAAUCAAAGGCAGAAAAUGAAAAGAAAAAGGCACAAGAUAAAUUAAAUAGAGAAAAACAAAAACAGCAGCAGCAACAGAGGAAAGAAAAAGAAAAGAAAAGAACACAAAAGCUGGAACGAAAGAGAUAAAAAAAUCAUUUUAGAAAUUAUUUAUUUUCCCCCUUUUUUCAAAAGCAAUACAAUAUGAUCAGCUAUGAAUUCUGUGAUAUACAUAAAAUAUUGCCUAAUACCCCCAUUGCCAAAAACUCAGAAGUAUACCAUAGCUUGUAAAAAAAUUUUAGAACACCUGUAUUUGUAUAGUGUUGAAAAAAAACAAACUAUUUAUAUAUGUACUGUUAUGUGUAAUUUUUCCAAUUUAUACAAUACUCCAUCAGAUAAUGUACAUUUGUAUAUAUAUAUAUUUAGGGUUGACAAGUAUCAAAUUCACAAAUAAUAAACAAACACUCAAUUUUGAAACAAUCAAACAAAUGGAAACAUUAAUUUUUUCUUAAAAAUUUGACUCAGUUUGUGUAAAUAGAAUUAUGAUUUAAAUUUUAGUUUCCUUUUAACAGAACCUAUUUAUUUAUUUAUCAAUAUUUUUUCUAUAUUUUUAUCAUUAAUGUCAACUCUGUAGUAAUAACUGGAAGCAUUUCUCCACAAUUACAUCUGCAUUUUUGUAUCAUUGUUUAAAAAUAUAUAUAUAUAUAAUUACUCUGCUUCUAUGAUAAAAUUUAAAAUUUGAUCCUUGUGAUCUUUACACUACUAAUAUUUUAAAAAAAUAUGAGAGGGUUCCAUUGGAUUUAUAUUACUUAUUACACUCCCGUCACAGGGUUUAACAGAGAGAUAUCACGAAUGAACAUAUUCGUAUCAUGAAUACAGAAAUAAUUUGCAACUAUUUGUGGAUUAAUCUCGCUGAAGUGUUCAAGGUAGAAAAAAAAAGCAUUAGACAAAUUGUAUGAACAAGACCAGUCGCUAAAACAAUUGAACAGAUUGCACGAAUGAUUGGAAGGAUUUCAUCUUGAACUUGCGGUGACAGGAAAUACUACUGAUUAUACGGAAUAGAGCAAACAAAUCUCACAAUUUAAUGGGAGGAUUUUGCCUAAUUAUGGACAGAUUAGUAUGUUGCUCUCACAAAAACUAUUCUGAGGUUUUUUCCCCUUUUGAUAUGUAUAAAGUUUGAUGUGAUAGAUGUUUUGUAAAUAUUUCUUGUAGUACCACAGUUGCCAAGUGAAAUAAAAGGAAGAGAUACAACUUUGAAAAACAAUUAAUAGGGUUGACAUAUAGACAAAAGUGCUAAGUUUCAAUGAGAAUAAAAUUCUCUUACUGAUGCAUGAGAAUAAAGAUUUACCUAGGACCAUCACCUGUCCAUUAAAUAAAGGGAGUAAUAUAAAUCUCAUAGGUAUUUUGGCUUCAACUGGAAUUUUGAAACAAUGCUGUGAAUGGCUCGUACAGCUCAGAAUUAUUUGUCCUUUCUAUGUGAAUGUUGUGACAAUCUGAAGAACAGAUUUCCAGAAUUUCUACAGUAUUUAAUAAUGGACAAUGUAAAAUUUCAUCACUCUGACAUCAUUACAUCAUAUUUUGACAGAGCAGUCCAUAAAUUACAAAUACUUAUCAUCAUAUCCAUUGCAACUUAAUCCUAUAGAGGAAUGCUUCUCCACAUUCAAACACAUUAGUGUCAUACCUAAAGCUGCAACAACUGGUGAGUUGAUGCGUGUCAUCAACCUUAUCAUCAAUACAAUGAAUUUGGACAUUGAAUUCCAUCUUCUUUACCUGCUCCAAAGAGCAUAUAAUGCAUUACUUUUAGUAUAACUUCAUUGGACACCAACUGCUGAAAUCUUAUUUCUGUAGCAAUCAUCUCUGUCAAAGUAAGAAGUAUCCAUUUUAUGUAAUUUAUGACUGCCUUUUUAUUAAUGAGACACUAAAUAUUCGAAUUUGGAAUGACAGCAAAUAAAACUUAGUUUGUUAUAUUUUUUUGUGAGAGUUGCUUCUUACAUAAAUUUACAUAAUGCAACAGAAUAAUUUUUGCAAGAGAAACAUACUAAUUAUCCAUAAUUAGGCAAAAUCAUUCUCCUAAAUUGUGGGAUUCGUCCUCUCUAUUCUGCAUAAUCAGUAGUAUUUCCUGCCACACUAUAUUUGAGGCAAAAUCCUUCCAAUCAUUCCUGCAAUCUGUUUGAUCAUUUUUGCAAUGGAUCUUCCAGUUUGCAAUUUGUCUAAUGUUUUUCUACUUCAAACACUUCUGCAAAAUUAAUCCACAAAUAGUUGUAAAAUGUAUUCAUUGAUGUUCAUUUGUGAAAUCUCUCCACUAAACCCUGCCAUGGAAUGUAAAAUAACUGCCACAUUUGAAUAAACAAACAAAUUUGAUAUAAUAAUUCUUUUAAAUAAAUGAUUUAUAAAAUCAUAUUUUACAAAUCUUCUAACAUUGUGGACUACUAUUUAUCUAUGGAGAAUAAUUGGAAAUUCAUGUUAGAUAUAAGCAUAUAUAAAAUUUAAAAUAUAUAUUGUCUUGAUGAUAACAUUUUGACCUAUGCAAAUUAUUCUUUGAAAAUUUAUUUUACUUCCAAGAAUGCAGAUGAAUAAUAAUAAAAUUAUUGUAAUGUAAUAAUAUAUUAUUUUCCAACAAUAAUAAAUUUAUUGCAUUCAUGUUGACUAGGGGUUCUUAACUUUGUUUUGUACUACAGAUCCCAUUGGUCCCCAAUUCAAAAUAGCAUUUUUAAAUAUAUAAAAUACAUUGAACAUUUUAAUCUUGUAGAUAAUAUUGGUUGGGACAAGUGUUUAAAGAAAGAUAAUGCACUUGUAAAGAAAAAAUGGCUGAUAUCACUUGAAUCCAAAAAAGAAAUCAAAUUAACAAAUCUGUCUGAACACAUGGUUAUGCACACUUAAAAAUGACACUGUUCAGGAGGUUUCUCUGCAUCUCAAGUUUGAUCUUUAAGCACAUUUAGAAAAGUUGAUGAGUGGUGCAUUUGAUGAAAUUGUAUUCAUUUAAAGAAAUCCAGUACUGGAAACAUUUGAUAUGUUUUUAAAAAUGACACACUGAUAUGUAAAAGUUUUUAUAUAAUCCAAAAUGCUGUAAGAUGAAACACACUAGCAGGAUUUGACUUUUCCUUCUAAAACAAAGAAAAUUUUCAACGAGUGCAUCAUUUUUUUCCACAACAAGCAAAUUAGCCAUUAUGUAAUGGAUAAUUUGCAAGUUCAACAGCCUUAAAGUGAGAAGAGAAAAAUGCAGAGUAUGGUUUGGUACUCAAUUAUAAUAA